AGCAAAAGGCAGUCAGAGCCUCUUGACAAUUGCAACUAGGUUAAUAGUAUAUAUAUGAGUCGUGGACGCCCAAGUCUCCAUGAACCAGCAGCAAUUAGUUGGACUUAAAUACCAUUUCCAGGAAGAAUCAGAGAGACAGAGAGAAAAGGGGGAAAAAUAAAAAUGGUGCAAGAUGAAAUCCGAAAGGGUCCCUGGACAGAAAAGGAGGACAUCCUUCUGGUUAACUUUGUGCACUUAUUUGGAGAUCGACGAUGGGAUUUUAUAGCCAAAGUUUCAGGUUUGAAGGUGUGGAGGGAGACAAAUGAUAGGUACGAUUAUCUGGAAAAUUGGUAGGCUCUGGAAGGAGCCUUCCUUUAACCCAUGAUUUUGUUGUAGGUUUGAACAGAACAGGAAAGAGUUGCAGGUUACGAUGGGUUAAUUACCUGCAUCCUGGUCUCAAAAGGGGAAAGAUGACUCCCCAAGAAGAGCGCCUUGUGCUGGAACUUCAUGCCAAAUGGGGAAACAGAUGGUCAAGAAUUGCUCGGAAAUUACCAGGGCGUACUGACAACGAGAUAAAGAACUAUUGGAGAACUCAUACGAGAAAAAAGGCUCAAGAAAAGAAACAGGCCACCUCACCAUCAUCAUCAUCUUCAAAUUGUCAUUCCUCAUCAUCAACUAUUACUACAGUGGAUUCCUUGCCCUUCUCAGGUACUGGAAAGGUAAGUUUUUAUGACACUGGAGGUCCUGACAUCGCAGCUUUGACAGGAAAAAACAGUCCAGAAUUCAUAGAUGAAAAGGGAUACCCCAUGGAUGACAUAUGGAAAGAUAUUGAUAUGUCUGAAGAAUACACAAUUAAAACUCUGUCUAAUAACUACAGUGAAGAAGGUUGCAAUUUUUCCUUUUCUUCAAUAGCUUCUCCUUCAUGGGAGUACUGCUGGGGCUCACUGUGGAAGAUGAAUGAAGAAGAGAGUAAGAUGUUCCUCCCAACCACUCAAUUUCUUUCUAGUUAUGAAUAUGAGAGAGCAUCUUUAACCGGCUAAUUAGAAUUCAUUUAUUUGUUCAUAUGCAAUACUACUACUAUUUCUUAGGAAAACUCUAACCUGCAUAACUGGGUUUUCUCUAAGCUUUCUGAUAAAUAGUUUUCUUUAUCUCAUCCUGCAUAUCACUGUAAUCAUCUCAUUGUUGUAGUCUAUGUUCCAGUGUUUUGUGUGAUUUUAAUCCUCAGAGUGGAAGAAAGAACCUUUAUCAAAAUCUCCCUUGAGGAGACCUUGUAUGUUCAUGGAUGUAUGUAUAAUACUCCUUUGAAUUUUAAAUUUUGAACCAGCUUGAUGCGCUUUAAGACGUGGGUUUUUCAUGUUCUACACAAUGAUUUCACAGCAAUUACCAAAUUUGAAGGUUGAAUCUCAAAACCUUUACUCAAUGUUAUUUGUCCUGCUAUUGACAUAUUCAACUAACUAAUGAAAACCCAAUCUCUUUUUAUGCAAAAUAGCUUAAUUUCCUUCCAAAUUGAUCUUGAAUGAAUGUG